AUGCUCUCAACUGCUUCCACAGGCGACCCUGCUCCGGCACAAUCGUCGCCCCCCUCAGGCAGGCCACCGGACACAUCCCCUGAUCGGGCCGGGGCAACGGUAGGGCUGGCGGCGGACACAACCUCCACUGAGAUGCUGAUCGAUGUGGCAACGACAAAUCAUCAACCCUGUUCGUCCCCUGCCCCGGCGCAACAGUUCUCCUAUGCCAAGGCUCUGACAGGGUGGAAAGGGACGCCUGCAUCCCCUGCAGGGGACUCCCAAUGGACGCCCGUGGGUGUCAAUGAUCUCAUCCCAGGUGACCGGAAUGGAGAACCAGCUCUGAUGGUGUCAUCUGAUUUUAGGAACAAGAUUUGCGCGCCAUGGCAGCGCACCCUGGUGGUCCGGCUGCUGGGACUACGGAUUGGAUUCCCUACGCUGUGCUCGCGCCUGCGGAGCCUUUGGAAGCCCGCCGGGAAUAUGGAGAUCCUGGAUCUCGACCACGCCUGCUUCCUGGUCAAACUGGACAAUGAACAAGAUUACUUCAGGGCACUCACGGAUGGCCCGUGGGUGAUCUUCGAUCACUAUCUCGCAGUGCAGCAAUGGACCCCUCAGUUUAAAGUUUCAGACCCUCUACCUAAGAAAAUGAUCGUGUGGGUUCAGCUACCGGCUUUGAAGAUACAUUUCUACCAUAAAGAAGUUCUCAUAUCACUCGGAAAUCUCAUCGGAAGAACCAUCAAACUCGAUUAUCACACGCUUAACAGACAACGGGCAAAGUUUGCUCGUCUCGCGGUGGAAGUCGACAUGGCCAAACACUUGGUACCCCGGAUCUGGUUAGAUGAUGCCUGGCAGAAAGUGGAAUAUGAGAACUUGCCGGCAGUAUGCUUUGAAUGUGGAAAGAUCGGACAUUCUGCCUCUGAGUGCCCCCUAAUUCACCCAACCCCAGUGGCGACGACGCUGGCCAUCGCUGGUCCGCCAGGCACGACGGAGGCGGUUGAGCAAGUGGCCGACGAUCCGAACCCGGGCUUCGGCCCAUGGAUGCUGGUUUCUCGCAAAAGCCGACGGAAUUUCAGGGAUCACGAGAAGAAAGGAAAGACGGAUACCGAAGCUAGGAAUCAAAUUCAAGGGAAUCAGAUCAAUUCCGGGAAAGCUGGAAACUCCAACAAGGAAAGAACAGCGGUUCCGCCCUCAAUCGUGCCCCCUGCCAAGAUUACGGCGCAACGGGUCAGUAGCCAAGAAGGGAAAGUUGCUAACGGGAAGAAGAAAGGAGAAGAAGGAAAGAAAGGGAAGGCUGUUUUGAUCUCGGAACCAACUAGUGGAGAGGCAGGUCUCCUAGGCCCAGGACCGAGCCGAAGCCCAAAGACGAGCCCCUUACCGAAAACUCCCUCUGAUCCUAGUCGGGCUUCUUCAUCGGCCCAUCCCCCCCUGGAAACCCAUCCAAACGGCAGCAUGGACCCGCCCAGAGAGAACCGGGACAUUGUGAUGGCCGCCCCCCCACAGCCCACUUUCCAAACUGUGGUUGGGCCAAACGGCACAGUGAUGCAGAUAGUGGAAAUUACACCAUCAGCCGAUCCUCACCACGGGAGAUCCCUUCACGAGUCCCCGUCGACGGCCGCUCGUAUAAAGAAAAACAAAAAACAGAAAGAUCAAAAACUGAGGUCGCCGAUCAAAUUUCCCCCCAUGAAAUCGCUUCAAAUUGGGACCCCUAAGAAGGAUCGGAAGCCUAGGUCAAAAUCGAGGAUUGCCACGCUCACCUUGCAAGAGAUAAAUGCUUGGAAUAGCUCAGCGAAGAGUUCGAUUGAGGAGGCAGGGGAGAAGCUUUCGCUGCUCCACACAGAGGGGCAACAGCCGACGCCUUCGACGGGAGGAGGCACCCCCACUCCGACAGCCUGA